GAAUAUUUUGCAGAUUAUUGUGCAAUCAAUCCAGACUUUUAUUCUUUGAAUCUCUCAUUACCACAACAUCAUCUUUAUGGCGAUUCAAAACACAUUUGGGAUGGUAAAGCACUCCAACGCGUCGUAGAAGGUGUACUUGCUGUUUUACUUUCCUUGAAGAAGAAACCGUUAAUUCGUUAUGAAAGAAUAAGUGAAAUGGCUAAAAAACUUGCGACAGAAGAAGGCCCAUUAUUUGAUUUUCGGCGUACUGAUACUCCACCUAUAUUACUUAUUCUUGAUCGUCGUAAUGAUCCAGUCACACCCCUUUUAUCACAAUGGACAUAUCAAGCCAUGGUUCAUGAAUUAUUAGGCAUUCAUAAUGGUCGUGUUGAUUUAUCUGAUGUCCCAGAUAUUCGUCCAGAAUUGAAG